UGGCUGCGGGCCGCCAUGGGCAACACCCUCACCUGCUGCGUCUCGCCCGGCGCCAGCCCCAAGCUCGGGAGGGCCCGCGGGGGAGCGGCCAGGGGCGGCGGGGUGGGGCUGGGGGCCGGCGGCGGAGGGGGAGCGGGCGGGCAAGCGGCGGCCGGCGGCCCCGAGCGGAAGGGGGGCGCCCACCGGGAGGCCUCGGAAGGGGAGUCGGGGGACUCGGACACCGGCGGCCCCCACCUGCAGCACAUCAGCGACCGCGAGUUCCCGGAUGAUUUAGCAUUGGAGUCAAAUCCAUCUGACCAUCCUCGAGCAAGCACAAUUUUCUUGAGCAAAUCCCAAACAGAUGUGAGAGAAAAGAGGAAAAGUAACCACAUCAACCACGUUUCCCCAGGGCAGCUUACAAAAAAGUAUAGUUCAUGUUCUACAAUAUUUAUCGAUGACAGCACAGUCAGCCAGCCUAAUCUUAGGAGCACAAUAAAAUGUGUGACGUUAGCAAUAUACUAUCACAUAAAGAACAGGGAUUCGGACAGAUCACUGGAUAUUUUUGAUGAGAAGUCUCACCCGCUCACGCGGGACGAGGUUCCAGACGACUACUACAAGCACGAUCCUGAUCACAAGCACAUCUACCGCUUUGUACGGACGCUCUUUAGCGCAGCGCAGCUGACCGCCGAAUGUGCAAUAGUGACGCUGGUUUACUUGGAAAGGCUCUUAACCUAUGCCGAGAUUGACAUCUGUCCGAGUAACUGGAAGAGAAUAGUUCUAGGUGCUAUCCUGCUGGCUUCGAAGGUGUGGGACGAUCAGGCUGUGUGGAAUGUGGAUUACUGCCAAAUACUGAAGGAUAUCACAGUGGAGGACAUGAACGAGAUGGAAAGACACUUCUUGGAGCUCCUCCAGUUCAAUAUCAACGUUCCCGCCAGCGUUUACGCCAAAUACUACUUUGACCUUCGCUCCUUAGCAGACGACAACAACCUGAGCUUCCUGCUCGAGCCCCUCAGCAAAGAACGAGCGCAGAAGCUGGAGGCGAUCUCCCGGCUGUGCGAGGACAAAUACAAGGACUUGUCGAAAGCUGCUAUGAGGCGAUCUUUCAGCGCCGAUAACUUAGUCGGGAUUCGCCGUUCUAACGCCAUCCUUUCCUGAGAGACGGGAACGCUGUGACGAGCCGGCGUAUUCCUCCGGACUGGGAACACCGCAGCCGCUGCCGCCGUCAGUCCGCGAGCAGGCCGUGAAGGGUGUCUUCCAGCCAGGGGGGGCAGGGGCGAGCGAAUGCAGCCCGGGAGGCCCCAGAGCCAGAGGAGCGUGGGGGGAAGAAAAGAUGGGACCUCCUCAAACCGGCACCCCCCUUUGAAACUCCAGAGGUGCAGAAACUUUUUGAAGAUUUUUUUUUCUGUGUCCUCUUCUUCUCCUCCCCCUCCCCCCUCUGACGCACAGAUGUUUGCUUACUGUGUAGGCCUAUAGCUGUGAACUACGUGAGGUUUGUUUGUUUUUUUUAAAGAAAAAAAAAUAAUGACUAGUUUUAAAUUUUAGGAUUUUGAACAUUAACACGACUCUCUAGUCGCAACGCUCUUCCCCUUGGGUUGCCCAGGACCCCGCUGCUGUGGCCGCCUUUUGGAGACAGGGGGCAGCGUGAAUGGCUGGGACUCCCAGGAUGCAGUAUGACGCCAGUCUGGAGCCAAUAACGGUAGCGCUGAGGACAACCGAAGGCCCUCUCUCCUGCCAGCCUCUGCCGCAUACCUGCUACGCCAGUGCUUUAAGACCAAGAGGGUGCCAAGCAGGGGUGGAAUUCUAGCAGAUUAAGCCACACACCCUGAUGUAGCCAUUCCUCCAAGAGCUUACAAAAAAGAGCCAUGUAAGCUCUUGGAGGAUUGGCUACAGCAGGGGUGUGUGGCCUAAUAUGCAAAGGAGCUCCUGCUAGAAUUCCAUCCCUGGUGCCGAGUAGCAGGCGGCGUUCCCUGGGUGAAGUGCAGUCUCUUGACUGGAGAUCUUCAAGGGAUUCGGAAGCGUUUGGGGCAGGAGUAGAGGAAUGGCAUUCUGGUGGUUUGCUAGCAUGGGCGGGGGGCGGGGGGUUGAGGAGGGAACCAACAACCAACGGGUCAGGGUCCAUUUCUUGUCAGCUAUGGUGCUUCUCUUGUUCUCCUACUUGCUGUCAAGCCCCGGGGGAGAUGCAGUCCAUUGCACACUACUUUGCCUGAAACGCUGAACUAGAUUUCUGUCGAAUGCUUGGCUCAAACAAAUGUCGGCCACGGACAGACAACUUAAGGCUGCGCUGCUGAAAUUUUCACUACAAUAAACUGGUGUAGGAGAGCAGGCCUGCUUUGAUUCCCCUUCGUGCCCCCCCUCCCCCCCCCCAAAAAAAAAAGGUUUUCACAAGGCCUUAAACUGGAAACCGUGUUGAGGGUUCUUGACUUCUUGGGGGGGGGAGGGGAGGAAAAACAGUGAUCUUCCACAAUUGCUUUCAAAACAGUCAAAAAAUGUAGUAAUUCAAUGCCACUCACUCUGGAAGCCAACCUUGAAAGCCGGCUUACCUCCUAAAUGUAGUUUGCCGGUUCAGAACAGCAAUUGAUGCUAAGUAAAAAAAACCCCAAACUUCCGACGCCUAAAACUGAGCAGCGCUUUGCCUCUGGGUCAGAACACUCCAGCCACAUGUCCUUUUGGAAACCUCCCCCAUCCGUCAGGGGUCCCACCGACUCUUGUACAGCCCCCCCCCCCCUUUUCGGUCGGGUGCCUUUGAGUUCCACGGAAUCCCACGCCCCAGUCGCUCAGGGGGUGUCCUCUGGCACACUGACUGUUGGUCUCACGCAGUAUUUCACUCGGCCGGCUCCAGGCGGGCAGUUUACGGUCUGCGGCUUCAGGUAUUGAUCACAAAAUUUGAAUUUUGAAACAAAACGCUACAUCUUCGGGUGACUGUUCCCUUUCUCAUGUUUGUAUUAAAAAAAAGAGAGAAGCUAAUAAUAAACUCUAUUUUAAUUAAGA